AUGGAGUACGAAGGAGAACUAGAUGAAGAAACUGAGGCUUUCGGUGCAGAAUUAGAAAGCCUGUUACAAGGAGAUCUAGGCAUUAACAUAGUGUUUAUCCUACCAGAAAAGUUCGGUGCAGAAGGAGACGUGCUAUCCCAGGAAAGUUUUGAGUGCAGAUUGGCAGAAGUGGCGGAGGCAUUAGAACAGCAAACAUCUACAGCCAGAGCAGGCAAAACUGCCAUGAAACUAGCCGCAGAACAGCUGUGUUUUUUCGAACCUACCAAAGAAAUGGCCAAUCAUCUCAGACCUUGGUUCAUAACAGCAAACUUUUGGGGUUUUCCUAUUCCCAAAGUAAUGGUAGAUGGAGGUGUAGCCAUUAAUCUCCUACCUCACAAGUUGCUAAUCAAGAUGGGCAGAACAGAGAAGGAUUUGAUUCCAACACGCUUAACAGUCACCAACUUUGUUGGGGGCAUCACUAAGACUCAUGGAAUACUAGAUGUGGAUGUCAUAAUAGGAACCAAGAAGCUAAAGAUUGCAUUUUUCAUGGUAGGCAAGACUUCUACCACUUACAAUGCAUUGCAUGGCAGAAACUGGAUCCACCAGAGUCUAUGUGUUCCUUCCACUCUACACCAGCUGUUGGCCCUCUGGCAUGAAGAGGGUAUUAUCAUGAUGACCUUGGUCCUUUCACUUUCUUCGGAGUUAACCAGAACGGCUGUCCCUAUUGUGUCACGGCCCAGAAACUCAUUGAAGGAAGGAAAUUUGCAAGAGGAAGAAUUAGAGUUUGCACCAGCAGCACUGGAUGAUUCUCUGCCAGAGGUAGAGGAUCCUUUGCAAGAAAUAAACUUGGGAACAGAAGAGGAUCCCAGACAUACUUUCAUCAACACAUUAUUAGAAGAGCCAGCAAAUAAUGAGAUCAUUGCACUUCUACAUGAUUUCAAAGACUGUUUUGCAUGGCACUACCAUGAAAUGCCUAGACUGGAUAGAGGACUGGUGGAACACAAGUUACCAAUAAAAGAAGGAUACUUGCUAGUCAAGCAGGCCAGAAGAAGGAUGUCUGUGGAGACAAAACAGUCAAAGAAGAAGUAG